UUCCCAAUCCAUGCUCUCUGACAGUCACAGCUACUGAGACUGAGCUGUCUUUCAUCUCUCACGCCAUUUCUCUUUGUAUAACCGUAUAUGUUUAUACAGAAUAUAUAUAUAUAGACAUCUACAUAUAAAUACACACAUACUAACUUCCAUCAUUCGUAUCAAUCCAUCCAAUGGGGUCUCUGAUCUGGUUCUGGUUCGUUGCUCUUCUUCCAUGCCUUGCUAUCGCCGCCAAACAGACCUACAUAGUGCACAUGAAGCCCAACCAGAAACCCUUAUCCUACGCCACUCACCAUGACUGGUACAGCGCGCAUCUCCAAUCUCUAACCUCCACCUCCGACUCCCUCCUCUACACCUACAACACCGCCUACCACGGCUUCGCCGCCACACUCGACCCCGACCAAGCCGAGUCCCUCCGCAACUCCGACUCGGUGAUCGGUGUCUAUGAGGACCCGGUGUACACACUCCACACCACUCGCACUCCUGAAUUCCUCGGAAUCGGCACCGAGUUAGGGUUGUGGGCUGGUCACAAUCCACAAGCUCUCAACCAGGCUUCACAGGACGUCAUAAUUGGUGUCCUCGACACUGGGAUCUGGCCCGAGUCGAAGAGCUUCGACGACUCGGGCAUGGCCGGUGUCCCUGCUCGCUGGCGAGGCGAGUGCGAGUCGGGUACCGACUUCAGUCCCUCACUCUGCAACAAGAAACUGAUCGGUGCCCGAAGCUUCUCAAAGGGUUACCAAAUGGCCACUGGUAACUAUAUCGGAAAAUCGAAUGAGUCCGUAUCGGCCCGUGACCACGAUGGUCACGGGACGCAUACGUCGAGUACAGCCGCCGGGGCCCACGUGGCCAAUGCUAGCCUGCUCGGCUACGCUAGCGGAGUGGCGCGUGGGAUGGCCACCAACGCGCGUGUCGCCGCUUAUAAGGUGUGUUGGAAGACUGGCUGUUUUGGGUCCGACAUACUUGCCGGAAUGGAGCGUGCGAUAACUGACGGGGUGGAUGUGCUAUCGAUGUCGCUCGGUGGCGGUUCUGCGCCGUAUUAUCGGGACACAAUCGCCAUCGGAGCGUUCACGGCGAUGGAGAUGGGAAUUUUUGUGUCGUGCUCUGCCGGAAACAGUGGGCCCAAUAAGGCCUCUCUGGCAAAUGUGGCUCCGUGGAUCAUGACCGUCGGUGCCGGAACGUUGGAUCGGGAUUUUCCGGCUUAUGCUGUUCUGGGCAAUGGCCACCGGUUCACGGGUGUGUCGUUGUAUAGUGGGAAGGGGAUGGGAGAUAAACCGGUGGAAUUGGUUUAUAAUAAGGAUGGUAAUAGCUCGAGUAAUUUGUGUUUGCCCGGUUCGCUUGAACCGGAAAUGGUACGUGGGAAGGUGGUGCUAUGUGAUAGGGGGAUCAGUCCACGUGUGGAGAAGGGUGCGGUGGUGCGCGAUGCGGGUGGAGUGGGGAUGAUACUGGCGAACACGGCGGCGAGUGGGGAGGAGCUAGUGGCGGACAGCCACUUGAUCCCGGCGGUGGCGGUGGGGAGGAAGUUGGGUGAUGUGAUCAGGGAAUAUGUGCGGUCUGAUGGGAGUCCGAGGGCUGUGCUGAGUUUUGGUGGGACAGUGUUGGACGUGAGGCCGUCGCCGGUGGUUGCGGCGUUCAGUUCGAGAGGGCCCAAUAUGGUAACUCCACAGAUAUUGAAGCCCGAUGUGAUUGGGCCUGGGGUUAACAUAUUGGCAGCGUGGUCGGAAGCAAUUGGGCCCACUGGAAUGGAGAAGGAUAUGAGGAAGACUGCUUUCAACAUCAUGUCUGGUACCUCCAUGUCAUGCCCACAUAUUAGUGGACUAGCAGCAUUGCUCAAAGCAGCCCAUCCAGAUUGGAGCCCCAGCGCAAUCAAAUCAGCAUUGAUGACAACUGCCUAUACUCGCGAUAACACCAAUUCCCCUCUCCGUGAUGCUGCCGCAGGUGAGUUCUCUACCCCAUUGGCGCACGGUUCCGGCCAUGUAGACCCACACAAGGCCCUCUCGCCGGGCCUGGUAUAUGAUAUCUCCACAGAGGAUUACAUUGCCUUCUUAUGCUCAUUGAGGUACACCAUUGACCAUGUACAAGCCAUUGCUAAACGCCCAAACAUAACCUGUUCAAGGAAAUUCUCUGACCCGGGUCAACUCAACUACCCAUCGUUCUCGGUCCUGUUUGGGAGGUCGAGGGUGGUACGAUACACUCGAGUGUUGACAAACGUGGGAGCAGCUGGAUCAGUGUACAAUGUGGUUGUGGAUGCACCACCAAUGGUUGGGGUGGUAGUGAAGCCCACCAGGCUUGUCUUUAGAAAUGUAGGAGAGAAGCAACGAUAUACUGUGACGUUCGUGUCGAGGAAGGGUGCGAGUCCAAUGGGGAGGAGUGCAUUUGGUUCAAUUGCAUGGAACAAUGCUGAGCACCAAGUCAAGAGCCCAAUUGCUUAUGCUUGGACACAGCUGUGAGAUAGCAUGGUUUUGGUUUUCAUGUAGUUGGUGUGAUUGUGCUGGUUCAAUGAAGAGAGCUGCUAAGGGCUCCGAUCGAGCAUCUAUGAAUUUGCUAAUAGAAAGGUAAAUUCAAAAAGGGUAGGAAAGAUCCUCAAGAAAUUUGGAUUUGGCAUGCUUGUAGACUAACAUGUUAGUAGUAUAGCUUUGUUUUCUUGCAGUGGAAAUUGGUAAUGAAUAUGGCUUAAUGCAGUACCUCUAUUGUUGUUAUAAUGCAAUUCAUUUAUGGUUUA